AUGCAUGAGCCUAAAGUUAAGCAGGCGUACCAUUUUGUUAUGAAUACCUCGGAAAAUAUCGUACAGGAAACCGUUAGACUCGACGAAUGGUUAUUAAUAGGAUACCUUUCCUUUAUCAGUAAUAUUAUAGCAAAGGGAGUGAUUAUUGUUGAACUACUGAUUAAAUUUUCUGAGUUGUUACUGCUUUCUUGGGAAUUAUUUAAUUUGAUUCUUUUGGUGGAACACCAUUCGGUAAAUGUGUUUUUGUUUCAGACUCAACAAGAUGAUAUCACCGAAUCAAAUGGCAACUGGAAUUGGGAAACGACGGAACGGAAAGCGUCCAUCACUUCAGAAGAGUCUUUAUCCGACUUGAGAAGUAAGGUAUCAUCCCUCGAAAGUGAGAAGAACGAUCUCUUGUUGCGACUUGAACAGCUCGACUCAGAAAAUGAAAUGAACUUAUCAAAGGUGGUCAACAUGAGAGACAAGCUACAAGAUGAGUUGAACGAUAUGAAAGAAAAUUAUCUUGAGGUGAAGCAGCAAAAUAAGAAACUUAUUAUUAUAGAAGAGAAAUUGAAAAGCGAACUGAAAGAGCUUCAACUAAAGCUUAAACAAGAAAGCGAAGUCAGCGUCGAUGGUGAAUAUAAAGAAAAGUACAUGCACUUAGCAGAGGAAAAUCGCAAACUCAGUUGCGAUUUGGAUGAAUCAAAGAAAGAGGUUGGUGUACUCAAAAGCUCGAAUGAAACAUUACAAAAAGUGUUAGAUGACGUUAAACAGGCAAAUGAAGCAGAAAAUAUGAAAUAUAUCGAAAAAAUCAAGGUGCUACAAAGUGAAAACAAGAUAAUUUAUAUCGAACUACAGAAAGCAAAAAAAAAAUUGAAAUUCUUUGAGAAAAAAAGCGAGAACGAUGUAGAAACCAGCAAAAAACUUGAAGUCAUUUUGGAAACUUAUGAACAACGAGUAAACAGUUUAAAAAGAGAAGUAGAAGAUUUGAAACUUCAAAAUUCUGAGAAUCAAUCAAGCGACACUGAGGAACAAAUGAGGUUGUUGCAAGAAGAACUGGAACUUUUGAAAACUGAUAAAAAUAAUCUUGAAAAACGUGUAUUCGAACUCAUUGUUAACCACCAGGAUCAAAUACAAUCCCUGAAGAAGGAAAAAGAUGAGUUGAAAAUUGAAAAUGAAUCGUUACAACUGAAAGCCAAUGGUAGAAUGGAUUGUGAAUUAGAAAUGGAGCUGGAUAACAUUAGAAAAGAGCAUGAGGCUCAACUCGAUAUCCUACAGGAAGAACUAGAAUAUUUGAAAAAACGUGAAGACAAAACCACAACUGACGAAAACAAUGUUGAAACACUUCAUGACCAAAUCCAAACUCUGGAAAGAGAACUAAUCGAUAUUAAAGAACAUAAUCAAGAAUUAGAUGCGAUUCAUAAAAAAGUAUUGUUAGAACUCCAUAAUAGAUAUGUUAAAAUAAUUAGUGAAAAUAUAAAAAAAUUCCAAGAAUGCGAUAAACCUUCCGAUCUCCAGCAGUGUUCCUAUGAAGACGAUCCUCAGGUUGCUGAGUUCAGUAAACAAGUGGAAAAUAUCAUGAAAAUUCUUCUAGAACUUCGAUAUAAGUGUGAAUCCUUAGAGAAGAAAGUCAUGGAUCUCUCCGAAGAAAAGAACAAUAUUAUAUCCGAAAAAAACCACGAAAUCGAGAAAUUGCUGCACAAUUCUGACAUACUCAGUCAAGAAGUUUUGGAGAAAACUCAGUCGCUGAAAGAGUAUAAAAUUGAAUGCAGUGAACUCGCUAAAAAUAAUGAUUUGCUUAUUAGUGAUUUAGCGGCAUACAAGAACAACUCCGUACUCCAAACGAUAUCGGAAUCCAAUGAAGAUAACGUUGUAUUGCUUGAAUCCCAGCUAGACAACAGCAACAAGCGAAUUGAAGAUUUGGAAAGGAUAAUAGAUGAUUACGAGAGACAACAAAUGAAUGACAAAGGAGGUAAUUCAGAUGGAGAUACAGAUAUUAUUGACAAAAAAGAAUUGGAUCAUCAACGUCUAUUGAACAAUUAUGACAUACUUCGAAUUGAAUACGAUUCUUUGCAAAGUGACCUUGAAGCGGCUAGAGAUUACCUAAAAGUCGUUACCGAUGAGAAUCGAGAGCUGAAGUUUUCUUUAGAAAAAGUUAAAUCUGAUUAUGAGAAUGUAGACUAUCAGCUCAGUGAAUUGCACGUUAACACUGAUGGUUUGAAAGAAGAAUUAGUAGCAUUCAAAAAGAAAACUGACUGUCUUAGUAACGAAAAUUGCAAGUUGAAAUCGGAGAAUGAAAAAAAUAAAGCGAUUAGUGACGAUUUGAAAAACGAAAUAGCGGUCGUUAAGGAAAAACUGCAUGCAGAACAAGGUGAUAGAAAAGAUUUGGAACUACAAAUUAGGAACUUAACGGAAAAACUACAGAUAUCAAAAAUGGCAGAAACUAGCCUGAAAUUGCAGUAUGAACAGAAAAGUAAAGAGGCAGUGUCGCUAUCAGAGAGCAAAUACAACCUUGAAAUAUCGCUCAAUCAAACCAUUCAAAAUUUAGCAGAAUUUCAAAAUAAAUUUGAGGAACUUCAAUCUCAAAACGAUGCUCUCACCAAAAAACAAAUAGAACUGGAAAAAAUUGCUUUGGAAAGAGAAGAACGAAUCGAAAAGCUCAACAGCAUCGUUACACAAUUGGAGGACCAAUUAGUAACUUUGAAAAAUGAAGAAAGUUUCAACAAACUUCUCUCAAAAGACAAUCUUGAUGGACAGGUGCUAAAAGAAGAACCUGUAACAUUUGAAGACAUCAAGUUUGACCAACUACCCGCUGCGGAAAAAGAGAAAAAGCAGAUUGGAGACAUACAAACAGAAGAUUCUUAUAAUGAGCUCAAAGUGAAAUAUGACGACCUGUUGAAAGAAAAAAAUUAUAUACAAGGAGAAUUGGACAAACAAAAGCAGCUUGAAGCCAAGUUGAAUGAGUCUUUGAACACAUGUUCAGUGCUUGAAAAACAAGUGCAAGAAUUAUCAUUAUCUAGAAAUGAACUAGUUAACAUAGUAACCACAAAACAUCAAGAAAGUGUGGCCUACCAUAAUGAAAUACAACGAUUGACCCAAAUGUUGACUGUUGAAGCCGAAAAAUACCGUAAUUUAGAAAAGUCACAAGUAAAAAAUGAAGAAAUUGAAAAACUCACGGACCAGAAUAACUUUUUGAAACAGAAAUGCGAAGUAAUGGCCCAAAAUCUCUUGGAAGAACAGUCAAAGGUUCAACAGCUAGUAUCAGAAAAGUCUGCACAUUCAGAAAGGGAGGUGACUUUGCAAAAAAAACUGGAGAGGCUACAAACGCACUUAGUAGAACUUGAGGAGCACUAUACACAAGAGCUGUUUCAGACCGAGCAGAAAAAUGCUUCUCUGCAAGCCAGGGUUACUGAGAUAGAUGAAAGGGAGAAAAGUUCUAGUACAAUAUAUACUUCAGUUAGUAUUAGAGCUAAUCAGCAAGUGGAGUCUCUACAGAAGCAGCUACAGACAGUUAUGAACGAGAGGGAUUUGCUGAGGAAGCAAAUAUCGGAUGCAGAGGAUCAAAAUAACAAACAAGCAGCUGCUCUGGCGAAUUUACAAUUCGUCCUGGAACAAUUCAGAAAAGAUAAAGAAAAAGAUGUUUUCAAAGAAACGGAGCGAAUUCGUAGACACAUUGUUGCCGAGAAACAAGUCCAAGAAGAACUCAAAAAAGAAAUAUCAAACCUCAAAUCGCAACUUGAAGAAAGUAACCAAGGUCUGUUGGCUGCUUCUAGACUUUCCGACCAAUUAGAACUUUCGCAGAAGACAAUAUCUACGCUGAAAGAAGAAGUAUAUCAGCUUCAAAGCAAGUUGGCGAAAUCUGAGGAUGAUUUAAAGGAGGCAACCAGCCAGACUGAUGGAAAGGUAGACAAAUCGCUUGUGAAGAACUUAAUUAUUGGAUUUGUGACUUCGAAUAAUAAUUUGAACAAAGAUCAGCUUCAAAUUUUGAAAAUCAUAGCCACAGUUUUGGAUUUCAACCAACAAGACCAUGACAAAGUCAACUUGAACAAACCACAGCACGGUUCUUGGUUGAGCUCUCUUCUGGGUCCCCAACAUGGAAAUCCUAAUAAAAAAUUAGAAGAGUCACUUUCACAGGCAUUUGUGAAAUUCUUGGAGAAUGAGUCCAAACCUAGGGUUGUUCCAAGCUUGCUUACCUCUAAUGUUUCUGAAGCAACAAAACCAACUAGUAGCAAAUCGACGACGCCUCGACAAACACCUAUAGUUUUAAGUGAAAUAGUUUUACCAACUUUUGCAGAUUUUGCUCAAAAUCGAAAUUCCAGCUCUAUUUUAAAAGAUGUUUUGAAGGAUAGUAGUUGAUACUGAAAAAAAUGUAUUUUAAAGAUGUAAAUUUUAUUUUUACUAUUUAUUAAAACUGGUGUUAAUAUUCUUAAAAUUUCUUAUUUUGUAAAUAAUAUCUAAGAUUGUAUAUUCCGAAUAUUAAAGCAUUUAUUUACAAGAA